AUGGAUAUCCGGCUUUAUUUGAAACCAAACUGUCAACUCGUUCUAUGCAAAUAUCCGCAUGAUAGUCAGACUUGUAAAUUAAAAAUCAGUUCUUUUGGAUUUGGACAAGAUUUAGUUAGAUUACAUUGGUUCGAUGAAAUCGAUGAUGCGAUUAAGAUGAACAAAAAGGUGAAAUUGCCCGAAUUAUAUAUCGUCGGUUAUACAAAACACAUCUGUAAUGGUAUGCGGAAAUCAGGAAAUUUUUCUUGCCUCGAAGCACGUUUUCAUAUGAAACGAACUAUCAGUUAUCAUUUAUCACAUACCUAUAUUCCAACAGCAAUGUGCGUCAUAUUUUCAUGGAUUAGCGUAUGGCUUCCAGAAGAAUUUGUCGAAGGACGCGUUUUUCUAUCAUUAACUGUAUUUCUAACUUUAAGUGCUGAAAGUGGUUCUACAAAAGAAAUUCUUCCUAAAGUUUCAUACAUGAAGGCAAUUGAUAUUUGGUAUGGAUUUACAACAGCAUUUGUUUUUGCAACAAUGCUUCAGUCACUUUUCGUUAUCUCAUUGGAACAUAAUGGAAAAGAAUUGCGAAAAAAAAUAGAAAGCAAUGAAAUGCAUAUACCACAUUAUAAGCUAUUAAUGCUUUAUCAAAAGGCAAAAUUACGUUCCACGCUUGCUCGAAUGUUAGAUAAAUAUUGCAAAGUUCUCUAUCCGGUUAUUUUCAUCAUUUUUGUUAUUAUAUAUAUUUUUGUAAUAACAGAUGGCGAAGAAAAUAAAUGUAUUAGAUAA